GAGGAAGGGGAGUCGGGAGCCGCCUUGAAUCCCGUAGGCCAUGCGGAAUAGAAAAGCACCAAACCAUGUGCAAACACCUAGCGAAUUAAUAUUUAUACCUAUGCUUACGGUGUGGUACACCGCCUUUGUCGCGCCCGUCGCCCAUUUUGUUCUCGAAGCAUCCCGCUCUCGCACGAUGCGGAACAGAGCGCGAAGGCACCCAUAAAUAUGGUAUGACGCCGUUACGUGCACGUUAAGCGUCCGACCAUCAUUUUCAGGCAUGCGAAUAAGUGUACAGCUAUGUCUGCUCCUUGCGUAUAAUUGCAUCCUUGAUGGCAUACUUAGCAUACCUGGCUUUGGAAAGUCGAUGCGUCGGAAAGUAGAGGAGUUGAGCACUCCCUCUUUCGACAGGUGCUUGGCGUGCAGCAAGCGCGGGAGAAGUGCGCCAACGCACCGACCGCAUCGAAGAGGUCAUAUGCUGAUUCCUUCCCCCCCUGUCUCUCCGUAGCUGGCUUCCGCCUGGGCCUUCUGCUGUUCUCCCCCAGGAGAUCUUGCGCGAUGUUCGUGAAACAGGCAACAACAGACCGGUUGCUCGGUAUGCUAGUUACCCUCGCCACGGGCGCUGCCAUCUUCUACAUCCAGGUGAGUUUGUGGUAAAAUAAAGGAUGCGGAAGGGCAUUUAAGGGCAGUAAUGUCCAACACUUGCCCUCCUGCUCCUUUAAAUACGCACAGCAUGGUAUAAAGGCGUUUGUUAAUCGGCGGAAGUCAGGCGCUAAAUCCGAGCGGCCACAUCCCAAGGAGGUACGUGCAACGUCCAGCAUGUUUCUGACUUAUUAGCUUUAUGGUCCCAUGAGCAUUCCUGCAUCCGCGUCAAUUCGUUCUUUGCAGAGACUCAAAGUAGGAGGUCGAAGCGUGUCACGGGCAUGCCGCAACUUAGCUUUACUCGAGCUCUUUCCCUCCGCACUCAAAGCGAUCAUAGGCUUACGCUUUGCUAUGCGCAUCUCACCCAUCCCGCUCCAUACCAUCCACAUUUUCGGAUACAACACAGGCCACUAACUACGGUGACCCAUAUUUUCGCGCACGGUGGGGCCAUAUGACUGGGAAAGGGGGCAUUUUCGAGUUAAUCCAUCACUCGGGCGCCUGCAUGUGCGGGCGGUUCGGCUUCCGACUCUUGGCACCUGCGGAUUUGAAGGCUUUGGACUGUCCCGGUCCUGUACGCUAUCCCCACGUCUUCGUCCCCGCGAGCGCCUUCCAGCCGUUGCAAGACCUGCGGCUUCUGACGCUGUACACGGCCCGGGGGCUCCUGGGGGGGCACGUAGUCGUGCACGCCUUCUGCACCGCCUGUGGGGUGCCCAUCUUCCGCGCCUCGGACGGGGCGAUCGACACCCUGGUGGUGAAUGUCGAGUGUCUGCAUGGCGCGAGUAUUCGGAGUGUAGAAGUCACGUACUACGAGGACCUGCUCGGCUUCCCCCGAGGGAGCCGGGAGGCGGCCGGGGCGACAGCAGCGGGGGACGAUCCUUGCAGAGCGAGGGCGUGGGAGAGGGGGAAGGCAGCCGGGCCCGAGGAUGUCUCAGAGGGAUCGAGACCAAAGUCACACGGUGGCAGCAGCAAGGUGGCGGCGGAGGGGGCGCUGGUAAAGAAGGGAUGGGGCCAGGGAGUAGGCGUGGGAAGCGGCACGACGUGGGGCGGGCGGGUCUCAGGGCUGGUGGAGAAUGCGCUUCCUUUCCGGAACGUCUUCGGUGGAUCAGGCAGCAGCUUAGGGGGAAAAGUGCGCGACGGGUGUGGCUACCACUCCUCGGCUUCGGUCCAAACAACGGGCGCGACUUCCCUCCUAUCCCAUCUUCUCUCCCGCGCCUCCCUAUCGAUGCGGCCCGCGCCAGGCGGGCUGCUCUCGAUCGAGGCGGGCGGGUCGGCAGCGGAGGAGGAGGGACUCGCAGAGAGCGGAAGCCCGGCGGGCAGCCAGGAGACCAGCCCGGUCAUGCCCACGGAGGGGUCCGCGGACAACAUGUGGCUGGCGUGGGACGAGUCUUGCGAGAUCAGGAGAGAUCGAGGGGAGACUGACGGCGUUGGACGCAGGGGCUGGGGCCAGCCCCCCCCCCGACGAGUGACCAGCUCGACGAGGAUGCUCAUGUCAGGUGUGAGUGAGCUCACUGUCCCGCUGCCGGGGCAAUCCGACGCCGCCUCCCAGCGAGUAAUAGGACCAGCGCCCGGAUGGGAGCGAGUGAGUGACGGCUGCACGCCACCCUCCAUGCACCAGCUCCGGUACCACUUAAAAAGGCACUUAAAACGCCGGCUAAACUGGCUGAGCUCGAACGGCGGGGGUGAAACCGGCCUGGGAAGAGGGGACUUGGAGGAGAGGGAGGACUUUGGAGAGACGAGGGCAUAUCCAGGCGACCAGCAUUUUUUUCAACAUCACGAGCACGAGCCGGCGCCGUUUAUCGAGGAGGAAGAAACCAUCCACUCGGCAUAUGGCCUCAAGAGCCGUCAGGUGGAGGGCUUGCCAUCAAAACAUCAGCGGCGGAUGACCACGCCGACUCCGCCGCCAUCGCCAUCAGUAAGAUCAAGUUUUGCCUCAACCCCAGCCACUCCACUAGCCGAUGCCACUCACAAACACUCUGCCAACACGAGCAUCUCCUCCAGUCCGCAUUCACAACAAGUUUUCCCAUCUCCGCAGUCGGAAGAGGCCCGCACCAAAAAGGGUGGGCUUUGCGGGACGCCUCCGAAUGGGAUUAGAAAAAAAUCAAAACAAGCUCGAGGGGGGAGGGAGAACAGAGCGACGGUGCCGAAAGGCACCAAAGCUGACUGACGGUGUUGAAAGAUAACUGGUCAUUGCAGGAAUGUGUGCGCGCAGAAAGAUGGAACAGAUGGACCCAGAGACGCGCACACGCACGACAAGCAUUCUUGAAGGUAUGGGCCACAGUGCCGUAAUGCGUACAAUGUCUCUAUCUUCCUAGUUGAUAGGAAGUGGAACAUAAUGCAGGGAACGGAAGCGAGACAAAAUUUUACAUAUGCAUACGCAAACUAGCAGGUAAAUUGUCUCUCGCCCUAUCCUUUUGCCGAUCCGGAGAAAGUUGUAAGUUUAGGAUGCCUGACUGCUGUGCAUUUUUUGGGAUGACGAAGACCGAGACAUUCAUGUCCGUCCGCUUUUCUCUUAAGAAUCGGGUAUUUUUUAUUGUAAUGCAAAAGCAAAAUCCAAAAGUUACUUUGUCAAGUGCUUCAGUUGCCACAAAAAACGUAAAUGCGUCCACAUCGAGAACUUUUCCCGUGGCUGGGGUCGG